AUGAAUUUCAGGAAUUUAAUCGAACCAACAGGAAUUUCUAUCUAUCUCAGUAUUCUAUCUAUCCAUCUAUUUAUCUAUCUAUCUAUCUAUCUAUCUAUCUAUCUAUCUAUCUAUCUAUCUAUCUAUCUAAAUCUAUCUAUCUCAAUCCGUUCUAUCUAUCUAUCUAUCUCAAUCUGUUCAAUCUAUACACAUAUCCAUCUAUCUAUCUAUUUAUCUAUCAUCUUUCUAUCUAUCUAUAUACUAUCCAUCUAUCUAUCUAUCUAUCUAUCUAUCUAUCUAUCUAUCUAUCUAUAUAUCUAUCUAUCUAUCUAUCUAUCAUACUCAUAUCUAUCUCCGUUCAUCACAAUAUACACAUAUCCAUCUAUUUAUCUAUCACAAUAUACUCUCUAUCUAUCUAUCUAUCACAAUAUACUCAUAUCCAUCUAUCUAUCACAAUAUGCUUAUAUCUAUCUAUCACAAUAUACUCAUAUCUAUCUAUCUAUCUAUCUAUCACAAUAUACUCAUAUCCAUCUAUCUAUCACAAUAUGCUCAUAUCUAUCUAUCUAUCUAUCUAUCACAAUAUACUCAUAUCCAUCUAUCUAUCUACCACAAUAUACUCAUAUCUAUCUAUCUAUCUAUCUAUUUAUCUAUCUAUCUAUCACAAUAUACUCAAAUCUAUCUAUCUCAAUCCGUUCAUAUCUAUCUAUCACAAUAUACACAUAUCCAUCUAUUUAUCUAUCACAAUAUACUCAUAUCUAUCUAUCUAUCUAUCUAUCUAUCUAUCUAUCUAUCUAUCUAUCUAUCUAUCUAUCUAUCUAUCACAAUAUACUCAUAUCCAUCUAUCUAUCACAAUAUGCUCAUAUAUCAUCUAUCUAUCUAUCACAAUAUACACUAUCUAUCUAUACUCCUAUCUAUCUAUAUCUUCUCUAUCUAUCUAUCACAAUAUAUAAUCUAUCUCAAUCCGUUCAUAUCUAUCUAUCUAUCAUAUCUAUCUAUUUAUCUAUCUAUCUCAUAUCUAUCUAUCUAUCUAUCUAUCUAUCUAUCUAUCUAUCACAAUAUACUCAUAUCCAUCUAUCUAUCACAAUAUGCUUAUAUCUAUCUAUCACAAUAUACUCAUAUCUAUCUCAAUCUGUUCAUAUCUAUCACAAUAUACUCAUAUCCAUCUAUCUAUCACAAUAUGUUCAUAUCUAUCUAUCAAUAUACUAUCCAUCUAUCUAUCCAUCUAUCUAUCUAUCCAUCUAUCUAUCUAUCACAAUAUCUAUCUAUCUCAAUCAAUUCAUCAUCUAUCUAUCAAAUAUAUAUCCAUCUAUUUAUCUAUCACAAUAUACUCAUAUCUAUCUCAAUCUGUUCAUAUCUAUCACAAUAUACUCAUAUCCAUCUAUCUAUCACAAUAUGCUCAUAUCUAUCUAUCUUUCUAUCUAUCACAAUAUACUCAUAUCCAUCUAUCUAUCUACCACAAUAUACUCAUAUCUAUCUAUCUAUCUAUCUAUCUAUCUAUCUAUCUAUCUAUCUAUCUAUCUCAUAUCCAUCUAUCUAUCACAUAUGCUUAUAUCUAUCUACCUAUCUCUCAAUCUAUCUUACUCACUUCAUAUCUAUCUAUCUAUCUAUCUAUCUAUCUAUCUAUCUACCAGUGACUCCUAUUUCACGUGCCCUCCAGAGGCAAGUAUAAAUCCCGUGCAACCGAAGCACGUGUUGUUUGCUCCAAACAUUCCAGAGUCCAGAAUUCACUUCCUUUUUUCCACGCGUAGUUCUUUCUUUCUUUCUUUCUUUCUUUCUUUCUUUCUUUCUUUCCUUCCUUCCUUCCUUCCUUUAAUUUUCUAA